AUGGCGCUGGCCGCCGCCGCGUCGUCGGUCGGCGUCGCCUCCGUCGCUCUGGUCUUGAUCCUCAUCGCCAAUGCCUCGCCUUCGGAUGCUAGUUUGGAGGGGAGGCGCGCCUUGCCAGGUCGCGAGAUUCACCUUGAGCCAAUUGUCUACCCAGAAAAUGCACAGAGCACGGUGGGCUCAUCGCCAUGGAGGAGAUCGGCGGAGGAGACACCACCGUCGCCGGCGAACAAUUCGCUCGUCCUCGCGGCAAAGAGGACCCGCCGGAACGACCCCAGCGCGAACAACACGAUGUACGGCGGCGGGUGGAACAUCAGCGAGAUGCAUUACUGGGCUUCCGUGGGCUACACCGGCGUCCCGCUCUUCUUUCUCGCCCUCGUCUGGUUCGUCGGCUUCGGGGUCGUCAUGCUCGUCAUCUCCUGCUGCUGGUGCUGCUGCUGCUUCUGCCGGGACCGGAGCGACGACUACUCGCCCGCCUCCUUCAACGCCUCCCUCAUCCUCCUCGUCAUCCUCACCAUCGCCACCAUCGUGGGGUGCCUGCUGCUGAACAUCGGGCAGAUGGCGUUCCACACGAGCACGAUCAACACGGUGGACUACGUGGUGGGGCAGGGCAACCUGACGGUGGACAACCUGAGGAACUUCGCGGGGAGCCUGGCCGCCGCCAAGAACAUCGGCGUGGACCAGAUCUUCCUCCCCGUUGAGGUCCAGCGCAAGAUCGACGUCGUCGAGGAGAAGCUCAACUCCUCCGCCAAUGAGUUCUCCGCCCGCAUCGUGCUCAACUCCGACAAGAUCAAGAACGUGGUAGACCUGAUGCAGGUAGCCCUGAUGGAUGUUGGAAGUGUCAUGCUUGUCCUUGCCAUACUCGGACUCAUAUUCUCCGUGUUGGGGCUGCAGUGUUUUGUCUCCCUGCUGGUGAUCGCCGGAUGGGUGUUCGUCACCGUCACCCUCAUGAUGGCCGGCGGCUUCGUCCUCCUGCACAACGUGGUGGGGGACACAUGCGUCGCCAUGGACGAGUGGGUGACGCACCCGCAGGACCACACGGCGCUGGACGACAUCCUCCCCUGCGUGGACGUGGGGACGGCGAACGAGUCCAUGCACCGGAGCGAGGAGGUGACGGCGCAGCUGGUGGCGCUCGUCAACAACGUCAUCGUCAACAUCUCCAACCGGGACUUCCCGCCGGGGCUGCAGCCGCUCUACUUCAACCAGUCGGGGCCCAAGAUGCCGGUGCUCUGCAACCCCUUGAAGCCGGACAUGAGCCCCCGCGAGUGCGCCUCCGGCGAGGUCGACUUCAAGACGGCGCCGGGGGAGUGGAAGAAGUUCCAGUGCCAGGCCAAGGGCCCCGCCGGGAAGGAGGUGUGCACGACGGUGGGACGGGUGACGCCGGCGGCCUACAACCAGAUGACGGCGGCGGCGAGCAUCAGCAUGGGGCUGUACGAGUACGGGCCGUUCCUGAUGAACCUCCAGGACUGCACCUUCGUCCGGGAGACCUUCACCUCCAUCAGCGUCAACAACUGCCCCGGCCUCCGGUAUUUCAGCAAGACCGUCUACCACGGCCUCAUCCUCGUGUCCGCCUCCGUCAUGGUCUCCAUCGUCUGCUGGAUGGUGCACACCAGGCAGCGCAGCCUUCGCGGCAAGCAGGAGUGAUUGUGAUCCGACGACGGCCCCCGAUCGAGCGGAGGUGGCACCCAAUCGUCGUCGGAUCGAUAUUGUCCUAACCGUACGCCUGGCCGCUGCUAUGUGCACGACGCCUCAUCGAUGUGAUUGCAGCUGUGUACAUAUAUGUACCAUGUAUGAUGGAAAAGCGAAGUAUGGUUGCUUUUGCUAAUACGCAAAGCUUGCCUAUCUUUUCAUUAUCACAAGGAAAAAUAGAGUGAAACCAAGUGUUGUGAUGAUGUGAUCUUUUUCAGCGCCAAGAUCCGAUUAGCGAGACAUCAUUAGUCGGUAUAAAGGCUGAUGAUACUGAUGGAUAUGAUAAGUUUGUGUAUAUUUUGGGUGAAAACCCACGGUCUUCCCUUUCCCACUGAA